AUGUAUUUGGGCGACAUCCCCAACUUUUUGCAACGUCGUGUAAUUGAUUAUAUGUUGCAAGGUGAGAUAAAAGAUGGAAUGAGCCUCAUCUUUUUCAGAGAGCUCAUAAUUAAUUAUGAGCUCGACGUAGUCGUAAAGGAACCAGGUCUCCAACGGACAAAACUCAAAAUACUUUGUGUACGGGAUGUCGCCGGGUUUGCAUUGGCGGUUUCGGAUACCAAUGAGAUUAAUAUGGGGAUGGAGAGGGAGAUGGAUGUCGCCGGGUUGGCAUUCGUGGUCUCGGAUACCAAUGAGAUUAAUCUUAAUAUAAAUGAUAUCCGAGGUGGUCAUGGUGGCGUCGGUGGUAGCGUCGGCGGAGGUGGUUUCAGAGGUAGACGCGGUGAAGGUGGUAGCGUCGGCAUGUGUGGUUUCAGAGUUCUUGAUAGCUUCAUACUCAGUGGUAGCAGAGGUGUAGCAGAGUGGUAG